AUGGAUGGACAUGCGCAUAGGAUGGUUGAUGAAUUUUGGAACGUGAAUUCAAAAGAGCAUGGUGCGUCUAUCCCUCGUUCAAUGGUUCGCUGGUCUCCUCCGCCUGAGGAUCGUUUCAAAAUAAAUUUUGAUGCAGCUUAUUUUGAGGAUUCGGGUUCAACAGGUAUUGGUGUAGUUUGUCGAGAUCAUUCCGGGCAAGCUAUUGCGGCUCUGUGUCAGAAUUUGGGCAAGGUGCAGUCAGCUGAGAUGGCUGAAGCUUUGGCUGCUCGAAGAGCUGUGAUUUUCGCCAAGGAGAUGAGUUUGUUUGACAUUAUUGUUGAAGGUGACUGGCUUACUGUUAUUCAGGCUUUGCUGCGUGUUGGCCCCUGCCCGCUGCUGUUUGGCCAUAUCAUUGAUGAGACAAAAAGACUUGGUGGAGUAUUACGACGUUGUAUGUUCCAACAUGUCAGGAGGGAUGGGAAUAGAUUAGCUCACUGUCUAGCUAAAAAAGCAGUUUUAUCUGCAGGUUUUGAGGUUUGGGUAGAAGACUUACCCGAGGACGUGGAUGUUGUUUUCCAGUCGGAUCUUCCUUGA